UUGCAAGCGAGUGGCGAUGCAAACAGUUGAUGACGCAAAAGAUUAAAGCUGCGACUUGGGUGUUGAUUUUACUGCCUCUAGGGACAUCGCCGUGGGUUCAUUACCAGCGGUGGGCUCGUUCAACAUGCCACCGACGACGGAUGGAACGCUCGCAGUGCAGCCGCCGGAUGUGGUGUCCGGUCCGUUCACAUCGCUUACCCUCGACAUGACCGACACGGACGACAUCGACGAUCGGCGAUCGCCGGCCAUGAACGGAGCGGGCGGACCCACCGAUACUGCCGGCACCAAGAAGGAGCGCAGUUUCCUGCUAAUGGACGAGCAGGAGCGGAUAUGCGUGCGCUCGGCCGAACAGUUCUGCAAGCGGCUGUCCGUAUCGCCCGACGCCAAGCUGAAGGUCGUGUCCAUCUUCGGCAACACGGGCGACGGCAAAUCGCACACGAUGAAUCACGCCCUGUUCGGUGGCCGGGACGUGUUUAAAACCUCCUCCGAGCAGGCAUCCUGCACGAUGGGCAUCUGGGCGGCGUACCAGCGGCAAAAGAACGUCCUCGCGCUCGACACCGAGGGCCUGCUGGGGGAAACGGUGAACGAAAACCGCCAGAUGCGCAUGCUGCUCAAAGUGCUGGCCAUCUCCGACAUCAUCAUCUAUCGCACGCGCGCCGAACGGUUGCGCACGGACAUGUACAAGUUUCUCGGCACGGCGUCGAAAGCGUUCACGAAGUACUUUUCCGGCGCGCUGCAGGCGCUCGAUCUGCCCGGUCCGCCCCAGGCGCUCGGGCCCGCCGUCAUCAUCUUCCACGAAACGCACAACACGGAGGUGCUGAAGGAGGACGAGGAUGGGAAGAAGGAGGAGGACAUACUGCGCGAACGGUUCGCCAAGCUGCGGCUCGAGCUGAGCGCGUUCAGCUCGCUGCGGUACGUGGGCGUGCGCACCUCGAAACCGCCGACCAACUACGAACCGCUGCGCAUGGUGUGGGAGAAGGAGGUGCGCAACACGGCCGUCCGCUCGCCCCGGUUGCCGCGGGUCGUGUUCGAGGCGCUGCUCGCGCUGAACAACAAGUUCAACGGCGAGCUGAGCCCGCUGCCGUUCCACGCCUUCCCGGAGCAGUACUUUACCUGCACGACGUACUGCAAGUCGUGCGACGCCCGCUGCCAGCUGUCGAUGGGCCACCUGGAGCUGAAGGAGGACCAUCGGUGCGGCAGCACCAGCUGCAAGUACCAGCAUCAGCACGAGAACAAGGUGUACCUGUGCAACCGGUGCUACGUGAACGGGCGCCAGGUGGUGGUCAGUAUUAAGACGCAAAAGUCGAACGACUCGUCCUGGAUGGGGCUGGCGCUGUACGCGUGGAGCGGCUCCGUCAUCGAGUGUCCGCACUGUGGGGAGAUCUACCGCUCGCGGCAACACUGGUACGGGAACAAGCCGCCGGAGCAGAACGCAGUACGGACGGAAAUUGUGCACGUCUGGAACGAUGGCGGGCUGCAGCUGCAGGGCCCGACCCAUUCGGCCCAGCUCGUGCUGGACGGGGUAGCUUACAUCACCGAUGCCAUGGCCAGCGUUGGCUCACAGCCGACGAAGCUCGUCAAAUCGUGGGUAACGGACAAAAUACGGCCCGCGUACUGGCGCCCGGACAGUGAGAUUAUUCACUGCAAAGGAUGCAUCAGCAACUUCGAGCGCUUGGGUCUGAAGAAGCAUCACUGUCGCAGCUGUGGCGAAGGGUUCUGUAACCAUUGCUCCAAGCACGAGAUGGCCGUACCGAGCCGCGGCUGGAACUAUCCGGUGCGCGUGUGCAACAGCUGCUGGAACGACGGCCGAAACGGUGGCACCGUGGGCACGGAAGGGCUGGCCGGUCCGGGGGCAGCCGUGAAUGGAAUGACAUCGAACGGCAACCACCAUCCUCACCACCGCCAUCACUCGCCGGAACAAACGCACCGGAAUGCAGAGCGGGAAGAAGUUGCUGACCAAGCGCUUACUGAUGAGGCUGACCUCCUCGUGCCGUCUUCUUCUGCAGGCAAUAAUGGUAUCGACGAGGCGAACAACGUGCUGGUGCGGCGCUACGGCGAGGCAGUCAUCAACACGAUCAGCAACAUUGGCGCCGUGCUGGAGUACCCGAAAGAUUUUAUCAAGGAAUCGGCCCGCCCAUCCUACUGGGUGCCGGAUGCGGAGGCACCGAACUGCUACAUCUGCGAGCUGCUGUUCGGUUCGCCGGAAGAGCUGAACGCGCUGGCAGCACUUGCCAGCCAACCUGCCGCCCCAGCAUCAGCAGUAGCGCCCCAUGCCUCCGGAUCAUCGACACCGGCGACAGCAGCGUCGCCUGCCAAGCGGAGCGAGAGCGGUGCCGCCGACCCGGUGGCCCGGUCGGGCGGUGGAACCCUACGCUCCUCGAGCGGUGGCGCAUCCGUUCCCCCGAAGGCUGGCGUUGCUGGUGUGCCGUCGGCCCAACGUUCGGCUGCCGGCUCGGCGUCGUACCGUUCGGCGAUCGAUCGCCGGAGGCACCACUGCCGGGCGUGUGGGAAUGCGGUCUGUGCCGGCUGCUCGCAGAACCGUCGGCCCGUACCGAAACGGGGCUGGCUGAGUGAUGUGCGCGUCUGCAACAGCUGCUACACGGCGGAAGAUUAGGCGCGUUCCUACGGGGAGCACGUUGCCUGCUACCAGUAGUUUGUAAGAUUUCCAUCAGAGACUCGUUUCCAAUCCCCAACCCCACAAACCCGUUCUCGCGGAUCGUUGACACCCAGCGUCUAGCAAAUUAUUAGUACAAUUUGUAGCUUGCUUUCCGUUGUGCGCGCUAGCGUGAAUGUGGCUGUAUGUGAAACCUUCCUGGAUAUAUCCUUCCUUCCAAAAAAAAAAAGAAAACACCGCGGCACCAGGCUGCCGCCCCCAAAAGCUCAAGCUUCUUCUCAAGCCCUCUCUUCCCCUGUUUUGCAUUCCCACCCGUGUGGGCGGGGGGAAGUGACAAACAACAAAUGUGUGUGUUUAGCCAAAAGAAAAAGAAAAACAAACGACAACAACGCUUCAAGCUUGAGGUGGUGGCGACAGCGUGGCAUUCUAGGGCACGACUGCCGAACGACCAAAAAUGUGAUGAUAUUUACCUUUGUUUUCAAACACUGUUUUUUACUAGCUCUUAGCUUAUGAAUAUUGAUAAUGAUUUUGAUUGUUUGUUUAAUUUUGUUUUUUUUUCUGUGUACACCUCCUUAUUUCGUUCGGCUUUGAAGAGACUGUGGCGCGAAAACGGAAAAGACUCUAGUAUUCGAAUGAGUGGAGAGGGAUUGUUGAAGGAACAGCGUAGUAUAGAACUGUUUAGCUUUAAAUCGUUUCCGCGUUGAUUUGAUGCCUUGCUUGUUCAGUUUGUUCAUAGAUUUUUUGUAUUUUCGUAACUCAAGAAAACCUGUACUGGCGUUAAAAAAGAGUGAUCUGGUGUGUAGCAGGAAAAACAAAGAAGGGCUUUAUUAGGUUUGGAAAUUUGUUGCACGUUCGCUCGCUUUCUUUAUGAUGCUGAUGCGACACAACUUCGAAUGCCAUGAGGAUGACGGUGACGAUGAAUGAUGCUAACCAUUGUAUCCUUCAUCUCAUCAUCCCGAGGAAACCUGAAAUGGUUUUAAAACUCUACAAAAACUCGAUCGGGCACGGCCAGAAUCAAAAUUACCACAAAACAAACCACCCACGAUCAUCUUCCUAAAACGAACAUAUAAAAAAACCAAAACAAAAUAACGGUUAUGCUGCCAUCCGGUAUUUAUAUGUACACCUCAGUACACUGGUGUUGCAAUGCACACACAAACACACACAAUACACACUCAAAACACAUGUAAUGAGCAUAAGCGAUUGAAUUUAACUCUCUGUACCAUUUUUGCGUGAUUAAAAAGAGCACGCGAAUGACACGGAUUUAGCCGUGUGUAUCUGUUUGCUGGCAAAUUACGAGAACAACAAAAAAAAAGAACCCCGGGAAGCAAAACGGAGCAAUUGCGCCAUGGCGCGGCCGCGUAAACAUAGUUUAUGUGGCGGAUAGUGUGUAGUUAAAGUAAUUGAUAUUUCCCCCCUUUUUCCAGCAGAACAACACUCCCGUGUCCCUCCGGCAGUCCUUUCGUGUGGCAUCUUACUAUGUACUGUACGGACACAUAAAACCACAUAUAUAUAUAUUGAACAGAUAUAUACAGAUAAAGAUACAUACAUAUACAUAUAUAUAUAUAUAUUUCGAUAACUCUUCAGAAGAAUUCGAAUGGCACAGUUUUAGAAUAAAUUAAUGGUUUUUCUUUU